AAUGGCAGCAUCGAGAGAAAAGUUCAUGAUAAACUCUGUGCAUCAAAAUGCAAUUCUUUGUGAAACAAUUAAAAAGAGCAGCAAAAUCAAAAGCUUUGUAAACUACAGCGUAAAUCCUUUUACCAAAUUGUACACUUUGACUGGGAAACCAAAUUCCCUUCAUGACUCUGCUGAUGGGGAGGAAGAUGAUGCAUUCUUGGAAGUGAUUUCCAAAGCUCAUCGAACUCCAGUUGAGAAGUUUGAAUACCCAAUGACAUCAAAUCAAGAAUAUGGCUGGGAUGUCGAACCAUUGAUUGAUGGUCCAAGAAAGGAUUCCAGGUUACACUGUCCUCGGCGAAAUUCUGAAGUGACGAAAUACAUGGAUGUUGCUUGGCGGGUGAAAGAACAGUCAGAAAAUAUGAAUUAAAGAAAUGUGUUGUUGAAGUCCAUCGGGAAGCUCCAUAAGUUCAUAUACUUUUUCCUUCUACGUAAAUUUUACGAAAGUCUUGUUUGUACAUGUGAUAUUUUAAUUUUAUACUCCGGGGUAGAAUUGAAGCUGAUUGAUUAACUCGUUUUA